AUGAAUCCUGGACCAACCCAGUCUCGCGAUAUCACCAACGUUCUGAAGCUCUAUCGUCUCGUUGAGAAAGGAGAAGACCCCCGAAAGGAAGCGGACGUUGCGGCUCAAUCUGCCUACUACCAUAGCGGAAUAGGCACGUAUAAGCGCUCCUUCCAGGCCUCCGUGGCAGAGUACGCAAAGUCCUUUGGUCGCUCAAUGGACAUGGCUAUCGCGCUGAGCUUCAAGAGCACGGUUAUUGACGCUUACACCUGGCUAUCGGAGACAUAUAGGAAGGGUGACCGCAUCUUCCUCUUCAGCUUUUCACGAGGAGCAUACCAGGCCCGGACACUUUCCGCCAUGAUAGACAAGGUCGGGCUCGUCCAUCGAAAUAACGAGUGGCAGAUCCCAUUAGCUUACCAGUUGUAUGCCAAUGCCGACACCAGUCCGAGGGCCUCGGACAACACCGAAACUUUCAAGGAGGUCUUUUCGCGCGACGUGAGGGUACAUUUCGUUGGCGCAUGGGAUACCGUGUCAUCGGUUGGUCUCUCACGCGGAGAGCUUCUUCCCAAGACAGUCGACGGAAUGACGCACGUUUGCCACUUCCGUCAUGCUCUUGCAUUAGACGAACGUCGCGUGAAAUUCUUGCCCGAGUACGCUCAUGGUGGCGAGAGACCGUCGCAGCUACGGAUGGACUCGCGAAGUUUCACCGACACCAAAGAAGUCUGGUUUGCCGGAACGCACUCUGACGUUGGGGGAGGGACAGGUGACAGCAGGAGCACAAAUCGCGGCCCUGCCCUCGACUGGAUGCUAUUCCAAGCGGAAUCGGCUGGCCUUCGCUUUCAGAACUCUGAGGCGGCUUUCAAAUCUAAACUCGGCGAGUAUCAAGACCACCAGAACAAAGUCAACAAGUCUCUGGACAAGUGGUUUUGGUGGCUGCCGGAGUAUUUACCCUUACAGCGUCUACUGUAUAUGCACGACGACAGAGAAGGGAAAGGAAAGGCGACGACGCGUCGUCCUCAUCGGGGUGAAGGGCGCGUCAUCUUGCCCGGACAGACCGUCCAUCCAUCCGUCUGGAUGUCCAAAGGCCUUGGCACUGCUGAGUAUACUCCUCACGCGCGCGCACGCCUUUUGGAUGGAAAGUUAUCAGACGUUCACUUCUGGCGCGAACUACGAGGAGCGGAUUAUCUCAGACCCGAUGGCACGCUCAACGAGUGGAAGGAGUUAUACGUCGACGAUCUGAUCAACAACCUCGUUGAACACUACGUCAGCGAUGCCUUGAUGACACCGGAUAAGAAGAAGUGA